GUAUUUUCUUUUGUGAAAGUCAAAAACAUAGUUUUUGUGGUAAAUUUGUUGAAAUUUGUUAUGAUUACGCUACUCUCCCCAGCCCUUCUUCACCGAUUAUCAUGCGCGGUCAUAAUGUCUUCGUGCUGGUUCAGUUUCAAAACAAACGUAAUAAUAUGAUGUGUGCUGCAGCCUAAAUUGAUUUGGAAGAAAUUUGAUUGAAUUUUUGUGGUUAUGUACAAGUGUUCUAUUCCACUGAGACGUUUGGUUUCUCUUAGCCCUCGGGUAAGUUGUGUAAAUCAGUAAUGUUGUAUAUACGUGCACUGGUUCAUGGACGAGAGAACGUCGGUUAUAAAGAGCAGUCUGUAAGUUUUGUAUCACUAGGUUCACAAAGGUAAAUGCAAUCCUUAUGUGCCUUAUCCUAUGGUUCACUUUCAAUGAAGUUUAUGGAAAAUUAUAGUAGAUUCAGUGUUACAUCAUUUUACACUGUAUCUGUAUAUUACUUUUUGUGUUUGUUGGUGGUUAUGUACUCAGGUGAAUAAGAUGUUUGGGGUGGUACUCUGAGUGAGAAUCUACACCAGGCAAGCUGAAAAGUUUGCCUGACCACGGUGGGAAUCAAUCUCGUUCCCGAGCCUGCGAUCCUCGGGAAGGAACGCGAGGCUCUGGGAUAAUCCGUUUCAGGGAGGAAUCUGAUUGGCCGAAAUUGACCGUUGAAAUGCACAGUUCAAUCUUAGCAUGGCUUUUAGCCAUGUUUUAGGUCAAAAUUUCCGAAAAUUCGACAAUUUUCUGUGAAGGUGGGGCUUCCACCAAGAUUUCUGCCACUGCUCAUAUUCCUUCCCAAGGAUCACAGGCUCGGGGAACGAGAUUGGGUGGAAAUCGAACCUGUGACCUUUGGGAUAUUAGUGCAAUGAUCUACCAACUGAGCUAUGUGGUCAAGUCGGUUCGAGUUGGUGAUAUUUCAGAACUGAGUAUAGAUCUGAUAUUUGCUGUGUUGGUGUAAUGUACUCAGGUGAAUAAGAUGCUUGUGUGAUGUAACGUUACUCUGAGUGUAUAUCUACACUGGGCAGGCCUGAAUACCUGAGUACAUUACACCAACACAGCAAAUAUCAUGAUUAUUAGAUUACACUGAUAUUGAAGGAACUAGACUCAGUUCCGAAAUAUCGCAUACUCAAACCGACCUGACCACGUAGCUCAGUUGGCAGAGCAUUGGGCUAGUAUUCCAAAGUUCGUAGGUUUGAAUCCCACCGUGGCCAGGCAUAUUUUUCACUCGAGUAACAUCACAUGAGUAUAGUUCCUUUGAUGCCAAUGAUAUUCUAACUAAAGAUAUAUGAUACUUUUUGUGCUUUUGGUGUUAUGUACUCAGGUGAAUAAGAUAUGUUUGUGGUGUUAGUCUGAGUGUGCAUCCAUACCGGGCAAGCUGAAGUUUGCCUGACCACGGUGGGAAUUAUCGAACCCACAACCUUUGGGAUAUUAUUGUGAAACCCCCGAUAUAUGAUGGGAAGCUAACCCUAGUUCGCCGUGAUCAAUGUAAAAUGACGACAGUGUUUAUUAUAUUAACCCGUUGAGCUGCAGACCUUCCCCAUUGAUGAGUAAAUAGUCUGGCAUUAGACAAGUAAAAAAUAAGUAGGGCCAUUAGGUCGCAUUGCGGCUCAAUGGGUUACCUGUAAUUUGAAAUCAAAAUGAUUGUGAUUAUAUAUAAUUCCAGAACCACAGCAUUUUGAGCUUUGAUUGCAUGAUUUCUAAACCAAUAAAAUUAAAGCUCUUUCACUAAGGACCUGUUUAUAUGCAGACGAGUUAUCGGGCAAGACGAUCAAGGAGUUGCUAUCUGAUUUCCCAUUUGACGUCAAUAAUACUAUGGUGCCAAAACAGAAGGAGGAUUUCAGUUGUUUGAAACAUUUGAAAGCAUUACAUACAACAUGAUCAUAAAAUUUCAAGGGGAUUAGCACUGAUAAAUUGUGGGAAAACGUGGGCUUAGCCUAUUUUAUUUCAAGUGCAAGGCAUAUACCGUACAUUUUGUCUUGGGUUUUUCAAGUUAAUUGUAUAACUAGUAAGUAUUCGAUAGACUCACCUUCGUUGAACUAAUUGUGGCCACCAUAAACAGGGCCCUAAGAAAACCAAUCACAUUAACCCAUUGAGCAGCUGUGGUGGAGAAAAAAUAUUUCACUUUCUGGGACUGCUAGAGAGCAUUGAAAAUUUUCUGCAAAUUAUCAAAUAAAUUGACACUCAGACGCUGUACAGUAACUGUACGUGUGACACUAACAAGUUGUCAAGACUGAAUGUCAUCUGAUGUCAUAUUUUACAGAAAGAAAUGAUUUCAAUGCACCGAAAGUUUUAAAAUAUAUACGGUAACGUAAAACUAAUUUAGAAAGCAUGCAUCACGGGUCUGAUCAUAUUAAAGGUAAAUACAGAUGCCAAAAAGGGCUCUAUCAGGGGGAUCUAUGCUCCCGCAGAAAAUGUUGAAAAUCAGGUGUCCUAAAUUGGCUAAAAAUGCAUUUGCCAUACACAACAUUUGUUACAUCAUUCUAUAUAGUCUAAGGCAUUUAUACAUGCACUAUCACACUACAGUACGUAUACAGUAUGGAGAUGAAUGCACUUACAGUAUAUAUGAAACUUUUGCAUUUUUGACUAGGUCAUGGUUAGAAUUUUCCUCUCUGAAUGAAUUUCUCCUUUAUCUUAAUGAUUACAUUUUUUUCUUUCCUGGAAAAAUAUUUUCUGGAAACUCAAAACAUUUUCUGUGACCAAUGGUCCCAUGGUCUGAUACUUUUCCCUCCCCUACUGCAUUGAGGAACUGGGACAAUGCUCUCCCUAUAUGAGAAAACGGUGUGCCACGAGACGGGGUCAAAUAAAGUCAAGUGCGUUAGGGAGGGAUAAUGCAACUUAAUGAGUAAAUUAUAUAUGAGAAGAAAGUGGUACGGUUAUAGACAGUACAGUAGGUCUGCGAUUAACCCUUUGAGCAGCAGCGCAUUCUCCCCUGACAAUUAAAAUUUUGUGGUGUUACUGUAGACAGAGUAAAAUAAUAAAAUAGGGCACAAUGCAACAUAAUGGUUAAACAUAUAUAGAAAUCAACAAGCCAAGUUAAAUGUUCCUCCUUUCCUCCCACAUGGAACGUUGACAGGGUAGGUCACAACCCACUAAACCUUCUAACUGAUCCCUAACCUAACUAGCCCUCUACAUGACACUUCCAUCCUGGUUGUGCUAAUGUAAUCAAACAUGAGUAAUUUAUAAGGUGGCUGCUAGAAGUGCCCUUCGUAAUUACAAGUCUUUGACUAUAUGAGGUUGAGCUGCAUCCUUUGCAAUUCAGCUAGAUCAGCUCUCUCUCAGCUGCAAGGAAGGAUGAUUAGCACCCCGCUUACUUACUAUACUUACUUUAACCCUACAAAUUUCACAUGAAUGUCAUGUGAAUGUCAUGUAAAAGGGGCCUAAUUGGUGACUUUCAAUACUCAGUAUUAAGCUACAGUAUUUUGUGGAGCUAAAUGGUGGUUUGACAUUGGGGGCAAGAAAAUUAAAAUUCCAAUUAGCCUUUCUCACGCCGCCAUUUUUUGUGUGGCUUUUCAGCUGAAGUCUGCGAGAUAAGUCCACAUAACAGUAACUUUUUAUAAUCUCUUUGACGAAUAUGGUAAAUUUGCUUUGUAAAUGGUUAGUUUAUUUUGAAAAAUUGCUUUUCACGUUGUUUUAAUUGCCUGCAUUGGUUAACGAGAAUAAGAUUCCACCGGCCAAAAAUGGCGGGUAUUGGUCAUCGUGAGAAAGGCUAAUUGAAUCGAAUUUAUGCAUAGGAAGUUACUGUACAUAUAUUUAAACGUUUUUGGUAUCGUUCAAUAUAUGAAUAUGAUUAUGUGUUGAGUAAUUUGACGCAGCACGCAAAACAGUAGCAACUCUUUGCUCUUUAGUCAGUUGAACCAUUUUUAAUCGACUAAUCUCUAAGUUCAAUUAGAAUUUUCAUGUACAAUUUAUGCAGUCUUAAUAUGCUCGUAAAAAACGGUACAAUCGAUUUCGAUGCGUUUUAAACUGCCAGGGGCCGGUUGUAUAAAAACGUAGUUAGCGCUAACUGCAGUUAAAAAGUAGUUAAAAAGUAAUUAAAAAGUGGUUAACUUUAAUCACGUAGUUAAUUAGAAUUUUCAUGUACAAUUUAUGCAGUCUUAAUAUGCUCGUAAAAAACGGUACAAUCGAUUUCGAUGCGUUUUAAACUGCCAGGGGCCGGUUGUAUAAAAACGUAGUUAGCGCUAACUGCAGUUAAAAAGUAGUUAAAAAGUAAUUAAAAAGUGGUUAACUUUUAACUAUGCUUUAGGGUAUAGUUAACUGUCCAAAACGUAGUUAAAAAUGGCGUUUGUAUAGGAGUGAACAACAUUUUUCAGUAAAACAACAAUGAAAAGCAACGCUUACCUGAGAUUUUCAAUCGCUAUCUUCCCUGUGAAUGUUUCCUGACAAUAUAAACUCUUCAAAUGCUAUCGCUUUGGUGUUUUUACGAAAACAGAACAUAUUUUUGCACAGGAGGAUUUCUCGAAGAAGAAGUAUGGUCCAUUACACCAAGAAACACUGAUAUAUAAUUGCCAAACAGCUAUACCUUGGUUUAACGUAGACAUCUCAAGGAAAAACUGCAUUCUUUUAUGAUUUUUGUGGCGGUUUUUCCUUGUUUUCUUCCUUAUUUUUCACUGUUUUCUAGUGUUUUGAAUAAAAUUCCCGCCUAUUUGCAAAAUACGAGUCCACAAUCAUGUUGAAAAUGUGUGUCAGCGGUCGUUACUCGCUGCUUACUUUAUGUAAUUUUGUGUUUAAACGCCCCACGCAAGCCCCACGCACAGUUAACUACGUGAUUAGUUAACUAUCCGACUAACUACGUUUUGUGCAACGCAGUUAAGUCAUGUAGUUAACUAAUUACAGUUAAGGAUUUAACUACAGUGAUUAACGCUAACUACAGUUAGCGCUAAUUACGUUUUUAUACAACCGGCCCCAGGAGUAAUUAAGUUUGGAUGUUUAUAACAAAAGUGUGAUUUCGAAAGGUUCGUUUUUGUUUGAGACACCCUGUAUAUAGCGUUGGACUGGUAUCCCAAAGGUCGCAGGUUCGAUUCCCACCGUCGUCAGGAAAACUAUUCAGCCUGCCCAGUGUGGAUACACUUUCACAGUAACACCAGAAACAUUAGACGGUUUUAGAUAACAAUACGUGGACGUCAAGAGGACGUGGAUGUCGUCAUUUGGCGCCAACUAUCGUCAGCUUCUAGUUUGCGACGUCGUCUUGGACGAUUUCACGACGCGAAAAUACAAUUUUCACGUCCUCUCUAGAACGUCACAGAUUCCCGCUUCUUUUGAAAAAAAUAUGAGACUAUGCAUAAUAAAAAUCAUCCUAUUUUGUUCCCCAUGUAUUGUUUCAUGAUACUAGCUAAAGUUUUUCCAUUGACAAGGUUGUUUUUCUUGUAUUUCGCUAAAUUUUAGACGAGUUGAUUUUCGACAAAAUACUUUCGGUCGCCAUAAGCAAAUCAACAAAACUGCAAGCAUUGUUAAUAACCACUUCAAUACCGCUAGUAAUCUUCACCAAAACAAAUAUUUUAGAACAAACUAAACUGAAGUUGUAUUAACAACUGUUUAAAAUCAGGAAAACGUGGGAAAAUAGAAAAAUAAAAGCACUUAAAAGCAGUAAAAACUCAAUCAAUUUUAGUUGCUCUGUCACAACAGUGCAAAAAGUAGGACAAGCAAAAAAACGCUUUCCAGCGUGAAAAACUAUUGUAAACAGUAUUAAAUUUUACCAAUAUAAACACUGAUGCUAUAUUUAUACUGAACAGUUGACAAACUUGAUUGAAUAGGCUACAAUUAGCUCGUAAACAAUACCUGCAGCUGUUGUAUUUAUUCCAAAUGAUGCAACAAAGUUCACUUUUCAAAAUACCAAAAAAUAACCUUUUUUCUAAAAAAAACUUAAUAUUGAAUGUCCAUACUAAUUCAUCAGGAAACACUUGCCCAGUAUUAUAUAGCCUUUUCUUGCACAUAUCUUGACAAGUGAUUGAAAACAAUACAGGAAUGAACAGGUAACAAGAAAACAAAAAUUUGCUUCGAAAAAGACAAACAAGCCGUCCCAGAUUAAAACCCGGAAGUGAACGCGAGGUGCAUACGUCAUUUUCACGUCCUCUUGACGUCCGCGUCUUGUUAUCUAAAAGCGUCUAUUGUAACUGGUACAGUAGUUCUUUUUUACCUCAUACCAGUCGUACAUAUUGGUGUACAGUAUAGGUGUACAGUAGGUAUAUUCGCGGUCACCUCGGUACCUGCGUGCAAUUGUGUUCCUUCUUCUAACUCUUAGUUUCAGGUUACUGAAAGGAUAACUUUCUUUUUAACCUGUACUUCAUUUAAAGACCGUAAGUAUACUGUAUACUUUGAGUCUUAAGUUUGUACCAGUUCAAUUGCGCGGCAAGAACCGUUGGAGUAAAAGUCAGGUACGUCGACUAAAGUCUUAAGAUAUUGAAUUAUUGCUAAUGAGGUGUGUUCAUUUGCAUAUAUAGGCCUUGCCAUUCCUUCGUGAACGUCACGAUGUACCGUUAAAUCCAGAGUGGGUUGCUCUGGCCAAGAAGCAGCUUAAAGGAGCUGAUCCUGACGAACUUUUGACAUGGAGAACUCCUGAAGUAUGUAAUGUAUGAAGCCGCUAUGAAGGAUGUAAAAAAAACGGGUACCUGUAACGCAGGUUUCGUAUAAAACCUGAAAAUCUUUGAAAGCCCUUGAAUUUGGAAACAAGAGUUUAAGGCCUUGAAAUUAAGUCCUUGAGUUUAUAAAGAAGUACUUGAAAGUGCUUGAAUUGUUCUUGCGUCAGUGGAUAUUUUCUGAAAUUGUUUGGUGUUGAGAAUUGGACAUUUUGUAAGUUCACUUUGCCGUUUGAACAGUUUAACGUCACUUUUGACUGAUUUCUAACGCCCUUUUCAGCCUUUAGUCCUUGAAUUUCCUGAUGCAUGACGUUGAAAGUGACCUGUCCGAACUCUGGUAACGUUGUUAACAUUGUUGCUACCCAAAUAUUGUUUUAGUUUAUAGCAGCAUACUGUAGAAUAAAACAAAGAUAACUAAGCAAUGGAAUUAUGUAUAAGAGUUAUUCACCCAUGCAUGUAGAUCAUUCUCAAGCUUAGUUACGUACUUAUCACUUAUUUACUGAGACCGAGGGAAACAGUGUGUUUUGUGAAGCCGAGACCAACAACGGCGGUCGAGGGGCCCCAAAACACACUGCUUUUCCGAGGUCUCAGUGAAAAAGUGUUUUGUUAUAUAGUAUAUAAGUGUCAAAGUAUGAAUAAUUCACCGGCUGUUGGAGUGAACUUAAUUUGAAACCAAAACUGGAUAAAUGGAACGCCGUAAAUGUUUAGUAAAAAGUUUAAAAAAUGAACUUUGGAACUUCAUGGUUGACACGCAUGCGUAUUGCACCCAUUUUAUUAUUCACCGGUCAAUAAAUCUUUCAUUGCGGACCGGUUUGCCGGACAUGACGUUUUGUGGACCGGCACGUGACACGGUUUUGACCAAUCAGCAAACGGAAAAAUUGAACUUUGACACUAACUAUAUAACAAAAACCCUAUGCUUCUAUGAACUAGAACAAUUGUAACAAAGCAUGUGAUUUAUCCAAAGUUGUCAAUUGCAUGGGUAUAAACAAAAAUGACCAUGUUUAUUGCUGAACAAUCCUUGCAGGUUUAAAAAUUUGUUAGAAUAGUCUAUACAUUACAGAGCCUAAGAAACGAAUGUUCUUUUCAACAAAUGACAACUAGGGGUACAUCUACAGGGUGUUCCAAAAAAGUACACCUUUUGACAUUUUCCCACAGACGCAAAGCGGACGCAUGUAGUGCCCGCACAGUGGACGCACCCGCAAGCGCCCGCAGACGACUGUCUACGGAAAAAAUAUUUUCCACGGCGCCCGCAGGACGGACGCAUCCGUAGGCGGAUGAUAGGACGCAAGAUACCCGCGUCUUGGACACGGUUUUUGAUAAUUUAUUUCUUGGCAGUACUGUAUCGUUAAUAAUUUGAAUGCUUGAGCAUUAUGUUGAACUCACGGAAGCAAAAGAUAUAGGGUGUAUAUUGAAAAACGAAACUUAAUAAAUAACUCCUGGCCUGGGAAUUUAAAAUAUAGCUGCUAAUCAUUAAGGGGCCGAUUACAUGGAGGUUUUCAGCCCGGGAUGAAAUUUCAGCUCGGCAAACCGGGAUGAAAUUUCAUCCCUGGGCUCCUAUAAAUUCAUUAUAAAAUGAAUUUUACGAUUACAUGGAAAAAAAUUUCAACCCGGGCUGAAUUUCAGCCCGGGUUGAAAGUUUCAUCUCGGUUUAUGUCACCCGAGAUGAGAUUUUCAGCCCUGUCAACCAGGAUGAAAUAUCCCAUGUAAUCGCAAGUAAAACUAUAGUAAUUUGUUAUGUAAUAUGUUACUAGGGAAUUGAUAUAAAGCCGUUAUACACCAAAGAUGAUUCUGUUGGACAUGAAGAUGAAAUUCCUGGGAAAUAUCCCUAUACACGAGGUCCGUAUCCUACAAUGUAUGCCCAAAGACCGUGGACUAUUAGACAGGUAUUAACUUAUACUACGUGUACACUUACAGUAUAGUACGGUAUGUUACACUGAUUUUGUCAGAUUUUGAUUUAGACGUGUUUAGAAAUAUAUUGUACACAAACAGCCACAUACAUGCAAUAUUAUAGCCCAUUUUUGUACUGCCUAAAUAUUGUAACUGCAUGGUUGUAUUUUUUAAUAUACUGUAUGACCACACUCAAAACAUGUACAGUAUGUGAGAUGGGUGUCCCGGAGGCCGGAUCAGCAUAAUAUUUUUAUAUUUCACAGUACUCUGGCUUCAGCACAGUGGAAGAAAGCAACAAGUUUUACCGAGACAACUUGAAAGCCGGGCAACAAGGACUGAGUGUUGCGUUUGAUCUUCCAACACAUAGAGGGUGCGUACUCAAUAGGUUUAGAACAUUUGUUUUAUACCAAUUGUCAGACCCACGUCCGAAUACUAUAAUAUACAGUACUUCAAAAACAUACAUCAGUAUCAGUAUAACGUGAUACUUUUAUGAAGUUCGAGUAGAGUAACAUCGAUAUUCUACACAGCAGGAAGAAGUUCUGGCAGUCUUGUUUAGGUUGAAGAAACAUUUAAGGUAUAAUGUUUAAUACGACAAGAAAAGCGGAUAGCGCUAUCCACCCGACAGUAUUUUUUUGCAGCAAAUCAAUCACACAAACAUUUUCAAGCUUCCUGUUGACUGGACAGGACAGAUAUAACCCAUAUACAUGAAGCUUUAGCAUGAAAAAAAUAAAGUUCCCUUUUACUAAUUGUGGGAUCCAUAUUUCGUAGUUUGAUCAUGUAAUUUUCAAGCAUUUACAACGGUUGAAAAAAAUCAGUAUCCGGUAUGGGCGGCCGUUACCACCAAAAAUACUACACAUGUGAAAUGAAUGGACAUAAACAGAAAUCAUUCAUUACAAACACGAACGAGUCAUCAUGUUUAGAAAUGCUUGAACCUAACGUAGUGAUAUGACUGGACAAGAACAGAAAUGAUUUGUUUAAAAUUGAAACGAUUCACUUGAUUGUGUAUUCAUUCGUCUAUUAUUGCGCUGAUUCAUAUAGUUCAAGUGAAAUGGCCUGGCAUAUUUUGCAAUGACUUAGCAGGUCGUAUACAAGUGACACGUUCGGUUGGCAAAUAAUUCAUGCUUUUUUAGAACCAUCCGCUGUGUUUUAAAAUAGCUCAACUAAAUACGAAAUGAUUCAACUAGAUGGGACGUGAUUCAACCUUAUGUGAAAUAAAUAAACUAAAUGUGAAACGACUCAAUGCAAUCUGAAAUCAAUCAGUUAAAUGCGACAUCGUUCAACUAGAUGUGACACGAUUCAAUACCAUGCAAAAUCACUCAACUAAAUGGAAAUCAAUCAGUUAAAUGCGACAUCGUUCAACUAGAUGUGACACGAUUCAAUACCAUGCAAAAUCACUCAACUAAAUGUGAAAUCAUUCAACUAAAUGUGAAAUGAUUCAACAAGAUGUGAAAUGAUUCAACAAGAUGUGAAAUGAUUCAACUAAAUGUGAAAUGAUUCGUGUCCACGUGAACUGACACGACAUGUUUUGAACUGACGUAAUUUGUGCGGUCUUGGCACGUCUUGUUGUGAAGUGAUUCAUCAAGUUGUGAAGUGAAUCAACAAGAUGCUUCCGUCUUAUUGAUUAAACUUCCUUCGAAGAAAAUUUACGGAAAUCACAAUGAAAUUUGUCGGAAUAAAAUUUACAUAUGGUAAUUCACUGCCCGAAAUGAAAAUUAACUAUCGAGUAUCGAUCAAAGACCUUUCCUCGACUCGCAAUUCAACGUUCGCAAAUAGCAAUUUUAUAUCGCGACAUUUCCCAACCUUUUGUGUGCGUUUUGACGGAAAAAAUAUUUCUCCUCGAAGAUCUCACUAUAAGUAUAGGUUAUUUUGAGGCAACGAAAAUAACGUACUUAUUUUGCACAUUGCGAGGUCGCGUUAAUGAGUCAGAAUAGAAAUAAUUCUUAUUGCGAUAUUGCCUUCGUUAUGUUGUUUUUUUUCUCAUUUUUUGUGCUGCAAAAACAUUGCAGGUGAAUAUUAGAGGGGAUUAUUAAACGGAAAUUGAUUAGAGGGGAAUAUUGAAUAUAUUCCCCGAUAAGAACAAAGGAAACCGAGCAGGGUGAAAAAUAAAAUAUGUAUUUAAAGAUUUAUAAUCUGUUUUUAACCUAUAUUUCCUCAAUAUUUUCUGUGUUGUUGUAAUAUACUCAGGUGAAUAUGAUGCUUGUGAUGUUACUCUGAGUGUAUAUCCACACCAGGCCAGCUUGAAAAAUAUGCCUGACUACGGUGGGAAUCAAACCUAAUUGAACCGCGUAGCUCAGUUGGCAGAGCAUUGGUCUGGUAUUCCAAAGGUCGUGGGUUCGAUUCCUACCAAGGCCAGGUAUAUUUUUCAAGCUUGCCCGGUGUGGAUAUACACUCAGUCUCAGAGUAACAUCACAAGCAUCAUAUUCGGCUUUAGUACAUUACAACAACGCAGGAAAUAUCAAGGGAAUAUAUAUAGGUUAAAAUCAGAUUAUAAAUCUUUAAAUACAUAUCUUUAUAGUGAGAUCUUCGAGGAGAAAUAUUUUUUCCAGCAAAACGCACACAAAAGCUUGGGAAAUCACUUGCGAUCUAACGUUGAAUUGCGAGUCGAGGAAAAGACUUUGAUCGAUAGUUAUUUUUCAUUUCGGGCGGUGAAUUUCCAUAUGUAAAUUUUAUUCCGACAAAUUUCAUUGUGAUUUCCGUAAAUUUUCUUCGAAGGAAGUUUAAUCAAUAAGACGGAAGCAUCUUGUUGAUUCACUUCACAACUUGAUGAAUCACUUCACAACAAGACGUGCCAAGACCGCACAAAUUACGUCAGUUCAAAACAUGUCGUGUCAGUUCACGUGGACACGAAUCAUUUCACAUUUAGUUGAAUCAUUUCACAUUUAGUUGAAUCAUUUCACAUUUAGUUGAAUCAUUUCACAUUUAGUUGAAUCAUUUCACAUCUUGUUGAAUCAUUUCACAUCUUGUUGAAUCAUUUCACAUCUUGUUGAAUCAUUUCACAUUUAGUUGAAUGAUUUCACAUUUAGUUGAGUGAUUUCACAUGGUAUUGAAUCGUGUCACAUCUAGUUGAACGAUGUCGCAUUUAACUGAGUGAUUUCAGAUUGCAUUGAGUCGUUUCACAUUUAGUUUAUUUAUUUCACAUGAGGUUGAAUUACGUCCCAUCUAGUUGAGUCAUUUCGUAUUUAGUUGAGGUAUUUUAAAACACAGCGGAUGGUUCUAAAAAAGCAUGAAUUAUUUGCCAACCGAACGUGUCACUUGUAUACGACCUGCUAAGUCAUUGCAAAAUAUGCCAGGCCAUUUCACUUGAACUAUAUGAAUCAGCGCAAUAAUAGACGAAUGAAUACACAAUCAAGUGAAUCGUUUCAAUUUUAAACAGAUCAUUUCUGUUCUUGUCCAGUCAUAUCACUACGUUAGGUUCAAGCAUUCCUAAACAUGAUGACUCGUUCGCGUUUGUAAUGAAUGAUUUCUGUUUAUGUCCAUUCAUUUCACACGUGUAGUAUUUUUGGACUGGUCGCAGGGUCUUAGCGAAGAUCAGCUGCAAUUUGAGCGUCCAAGUUUGGCAUUUACCUUCCGAUUACUAUUUUUGUCUUUGAGGUCUUGCAAAGAAGACUAUAAAACGCGGAGAAGAUUCAUCUAUAGUAUGAACUUGCGUUUUGGUCUUAGCCAAACAAACGAAUUUCUAAUUCCAGUAAGCCUAUACAAUGUACGAUAAUAACUUAUCAAAGACCGGUUGUGUAUGUUCCAUGCUCGUACUAUUUUGUUAAUUGAAGCCAUCAAAAACUGUGUACAAUCGACAAUAUUUUUGAAGCCGUGCGAAUUGGCAUGGAUAAGAUAAUUGAUCGUCAUUUAUAAGUGGCCGUCCAGAUUCAAAAUGACUGUGAGAUUUAGAGUAGGCGGCAGACUAACUGGGGCCAUGCAUGCAGUCAACUUUCUUUGAAAUAACUCCUGUACAUAAAAAAUAGCGCAUGCACUUGCGUGCAUAUUCUAUUCUAAAAACACUCUGACUGCUUAAAAUUUUCCUUGUUAACCCAUGCGCACCUGGUUAUUUAUAACCAGGUCAAAUAUAACCAGAUCCUGGGUUACAGCAACGUUAGCCUGCGAACAGGCUCUCAAGCUAAAUUGAGAGCCUGCAUUGAUGACUAAUGAAUUUGAAUAUCUGCGUCUCAAAUCGUGACGCGAAAUUCUCAUUGGUCAGAUGCUAUAAUUUAUAUGUUUCCGCUGAGCUCUAUAUAUGUCAACUGCUGAAGCACUAUGCAUAAAAAACACAUUAACUGAUCAAAUUGGUCUUGACCAUCUUAUCUCAAAGCACGAAAUGUUCUGUUUUGAGAAAACAGUAUUUAAAACAUUUGAACUUUUGCUUCAAUAUCUUAUAUUUCGAAAAACAGUAUAAACUGUACGGUCUAAAUUUAGUUUGCACGGUCUAAAUUUAUAGUUUGCACGAAAGUUGUCAACAACACCAUAUAAGGAUAUACAUUCCAUAUUUGGAAAAACGAACGUUACGGGGCAGAUAUUCAAAUUCAUUAGUCAUCGAUGCAGGCUCUCAAUUCAGCUUGAGAGCCUGUUCGCAGGCUACAGCAACGUGAGUAUCGUAGGUCGUCAGAUAAAAUGACCCGGAAAUUUAACCUGUACCAGAAAAUUAAUAUUAAGUUAACCCAAAUAUUAAACAUACAUGAAAAAUUUUCUCAAUUCUGAUUGCAGUGCAAUUUUUUCGAAAUACAUUGCAAAAAAAUCAUAUAUACAUGUGCCGGGCAAAAAGUGAAACAAAAAAAAACCCCGAAACAUUAAGGGUGACAAAAUUUUCUAAUAAAAUUGUGAUAUUAAAAUUAUCUGUUCCGCACAUACAUGACUGCAUAAUAAGUAUAUAGUACCGUUUCUCGUGUAAUUUGGAAAAAACAUACAAUUAUGCACUCAUGACUUCUCAAAGACUUCAAAUUGUGCACUCGAAACCGUACUAUACAAAUACGAACCAAUUAAGGAAAACUAAGCAAAUGUAUUGAUGCAUUAAGCAAAUAUCGAUCACCACCUAUAUGGCUAUUUGAUUGUCAACGAGUAACAGUGUACGGUGUUUCUUUUAUUAUGUGAUCAUGUGUAAUCCUUUUUCAGGUACGAUUCAGACAAUCCCCGGGUAUUUGGUGAUGUUGGUAUGGCCGGAGUUGCCAUUGAUUCUGUUGAAGAUACAAAGGUAUACUUGUACGAUUUUUAAUCAUUCAUUUUCCUUAAUCUUUAAUCAUAAUCCUUAAUCUCAGACUUUCUUGUUAUUGUCAUUACCUCAAGUCAUACUUGUGACGUCACAAUGGAAUGAGAGGAGAUACGAAUGAACUGUGAACGUCAUUCUUCAUCAUUUGAGCAGUACCUUUCAAUAGAACAAUAAAAAUGAGGCAAAAAUUCGUUUCAUAAGCAUUUUAAUGACACUUAAUAAGUUUUUAUUUUGCAAGUACAUUUCAACAAUAGUAAUAUGAUCUAUUAGCAAUUCGAUUUCAAUUCCCAGGGGCCUAAAAUCUUUUAUGCUUCUGAAUUGCAAAGUGGAUUUCUUAAGUUAUCUCAUAGCGUAUUAGCGGCUUUCCUACUUGCUACGAGGAGAUGCGUUCAAUCUCGAGCCCACCUGCUGAGGUAUGUUUAGGAGGUGGGCUCGAGAUCGAUGUUUGGGCGGCUGCCAUUAUGAAGCGAUUUGAACAAAUUUCAGACGGAGAUUUAAACAAAAAUUAAAUUAACUGUUUUUAAUUGUUUUAUAAGUAUUAUUUUUUAUUUUGUUUGAUAAAAAUGGAAUAAUAUGUAUUCAAAGUGGAAGAGAAGAAAGACGACCGCCGAAAUUUGUUCGGUACGGGCACCUGCUACUAAUAUAAAUCUUGGCAAUGUUUGCGCAGAAUGUGUGCAUUUUCUCUUUUCAAGAAUAAGGGAAUAUUGUGGAGAUUUUUUUUAGCUUCAAUUUAAGCCUAACUUUGUUUGUUUGCGUAGUAUGUUGGCGGCUUAAAUGUUCGUUAUCCAAACAAGAAAUUAUAUACUAUAAGAUGCGUAAAUUCUUGAGUAUACUUUUUACCGAAAUGGCAUGUGAUAAAAACCAAACAUACUUGGAGGUUCAGAACAUCGGAAUUUUAUAACAAACAUACUUGCAGGGAGGUGAGUCCGGGAUUGGAAUCACUUCAGGUGGCUGGACGUUUCCCGAACCCACCUCGCUUCGCUCGGUGAUUUUGGGACACUUCCAGCCAUCCUCGGUGCGUCCAACCCGGACUCACCUACCUGCAAGUAUGCUUGUUAUAAAAUUGCGACGUUGCGUUUUUUUUAUACACCCUGUAGACUCCCAAGAAUUACAAUGAAAUACUGGUUCUGAUUGGCCGAGUGGGUGUGAUCAUGUUCUAAGGAAGGGAAAUGCUAGGUUUAUACGUAAUACACUGUCGGUUAAUGCGCUGGAUAGGGCGGGUUUCAUUAUGAAUUCAUUCAGGAAAUAUUAUUUCAUUCAGGUUCUGUUUGAUGGUAUUCCUCUGGAGAAAAUCUCAGUUUCAAUGACAAUGAAUGGUGCUGUACUACCGGUAUUGGCAAUGUAUAUUGUGGCCGCUGAGGAACAGGUCAGUCAACGAUUGAUAAAGCUUUGUGAUUUUGGCCGAGGGGUAUUUGAAGAGUGCGAUGACGCGGUGAAGAAUUUUCUUAGCUUGCGUGAUUUGGAAACAUCCAGAGUAGCAUCAUUUUAAAUAACUUUACCGAUUUUGGAUGAAAAUGAAAUACUGUAUACGGUGCUUGGCUUUUGCAUUUAUCUUUCCACUUGGCAAACCAAACUAGAUCGAAAGUGUGUUAAUUUUUUCGUCGAAAGUAAUAUCAUUAUUUUUCGCACACAUAUUAGGGUGUAGACCAAGAUCAUUUGACUGGUACGAUACAGAAUGAUAUCUUAAAAGAAUUCAUGGUCAGAAAUACGUACAUCUUUCCACCAGAGGCAUCAAUGAAAGUUAUUGGAGACAUUUUUCAAUAUACCUCGAAGGUACAGUAAUUGCCUAAUAAUUUGUUCUCGAUACGCUAUCGCGCAACAUGUUUUGUUCCGUUAAAGGAGCAGUGUCACCUGCUGCGCAUCUUUUCAGCGCACGCGAACAAGUUCUCCAAUCCACUAUGGCGUAUUUACCAGGCGGAUUCACAAAUUAUAUGCAAAAAUAUGUAUUGCUUCGUACCCUACAGCUUGCCGUACAGGACUUCGACAGAGUAUUUUAGUCACCGAACAAUUUCCGAAAUUCUGUUAUGCGCUGAAAAGAUGCGCACCAGGUGUCAAAAAUUUCCAAUUGUUUCGCCCACGCAGGACUUGUCAAAAAUUUCCAAUUUUUUCGCCCACCCUCGACCUACAGCUUGCCGUACAGGACUUCGACAGAGUAUUUUAGUCACCGAACAAUUUCCGAAAUUCUGUUAUGCGCUGAAAAGAUGCGCACCAGGUGUCAAAAAUUUCCAAUUGUUUCGCCCACGCAGGACUUGUCAAAAAUUUCCAUUUUUUUCGCCCACCCCGGACCUAAAAAAUUUCCAAUUUUUUCGCUCACCUCGGACCUGUCAAAAAUUUCCAAUUUUUUCCCCACCCGAGGACGUGUCAAAAGGAGGUUGAUUAGGUGUUCAAUCAUUUCAACAUUCAAGUAUUUUGUAAGUUAGGGGCUGUUUAUAUGAGGCGAGCCAGCUCGGGUACCCAAGCUAGCUCGCUUUAGGCGGGAUCCCGUCUUUCUUAAUAUUUCCUUCUAAAUUUCAUGUUGUGUUUAUAUGAGAUUCGAGCUGGCCCGCCUAACCGAGGUCCCGCUUCGUGUGACCCGGGACCUCGGGUAAACGGGCUGGGUAAUUUUCCAUAUAAACGCAACAGGGAGAGCUAGCCCUCCUAGUAGGGCUGGAAAUUUAGCAAAUACGCAUGCGCAAAUAAUUAGAAUAAUUCAGAAUACACAAACAACUCCCAUAUAAAAACCAACGUCCAUAUAUAGAGUUGUUUGCGCAAAGAAAAUUAGAACAAAAAGAGCCAGCCUUUCAUGUAACUUUUAUGUAAACGCGUGGUGAAAUUAAUCUCGGGGAUGCGAGCCAGCUCGGGUACCCGUGCUGGCUCGCUUUCAUAUAAACAGUCCCUUAGAUGUUGAAUCCCAAUGUCGUUUCCUGGUCCUGCGGUCCUCGGGAAGGAACGUGAGGCUCUGGGCCAUUCCAUUUAAUAUACACCCGUGUGUAUAAUAAUUUUCUGAAUUAACUAUGAACAUUAAAACAUUUUCUGUGAAUAUUUCUGGAAAAUGUAGAUGUUUUACAUUUGGUUCAACCUUGCUGUAUAAUUCUCUUAAGAAUAUGCCGAAGUUUAACAGUAUAUCAAUCUCUGGUUAUCAUAUGCAAGAAGCUGGAGCUGACGCAAUUCUCGAAAUGGCUUUCACUAUCGCCGAUGGUCUAGAAUAUUGUCGAACAGGUAUUUUUGCCAUGCGCAUUCUGUUUUUCCACACAAGGUUUCUGAAGCAAAUGAAAAUGGUUUAUUGCCCACUAGCUACACAGAAAUGCAAGCCUGCUCCAGUGGGUAUUAAGUUUGAAUAUUUGAGAAUUUUAGUCCAUGACUCCCUAGAACAUCGUUGGUGUUAUGACCGUUUGAGCUAAAGUCGCUUAUAUAUUCUUGACUUGUCCGAGAUUUACUACUUUUAAUAAUAUAAUUAUUGUUUUUGAGUUUAACCAUUUCAAUAGUUUAAAAAAUAUUAUAUAAAUCCAUGCAUGAGCAUAUGACCUUUUAUAGGAAAUUUUGUAACCACAAAACUAUGCAGAUGCAAGAGAAAAAUACACGAAAGUAAAACAGUGCAACCAGAAAAUAAUGAAAUAAAUGCAUCAAUGAAAAAAAACAAUCAAGAAAUAAAAUUAAUAUUGUAAAGUUCACGCUGUUAAAAUUAUAAAUUCAUGCUGUCAUACACUAUUUUAAACAUGUUACACAAAACAAAUCUAAACUAAAAACGUGAAUUCUGUGAGUAAAGAUGUAAAGAUUUGCUCAUAAAUUUGGGUAAUUUCACUCGAUACUUUCAGUCACUUCCAGUGCAUUAUCUUACUCCAACGAUAUGUGCCAGCGUAGGUAGUGACAGGUAUUGAGUGGGGAUGCAACUACCUGAAAAAUACAAGGAAAAUUUCAACGUUUCGAGCGAAGACCCUUCUUGUAUUCUUCGAAGUUUUCCAUGUAUUUUCAGGCAGUUGUAUUCCCCAAUAAAUCCGCAGCUUUUGCAUUCGUGCAGUCAAUUUUUUUAUUUAAAUUUUUUGCAGUUUAAAGUGCCGUCUUUGUUAUUUUUCUCUAGUGCAGAAGUACGCGCAGAUUCCGCUUAUUUUAAAAGCUAGGAGACGGGUUCAUGGUCGGGUCCUGGAACAAAAAUUUCUGUGCUGUAUAUACUUAUUAUUAAAUUUGGAACUUUGCUAAAAAAAAUUAGUACAUUUGCUCAAAAAUGGGUCAUUGUGGGUGGAUUAUUAAGUCAAACGACUUUUGAGUCAAACGUCUCGAUAAUUUUUUGCAGUGUACUGAGUGUAUAAUAAAAUGAACAACUUCUUGUACAAUGAAUUGAUUUUCUAUAUUUUGUUUUCACCGAAGGAAUCAAAGCUGGUCUCGACAUAGAUAAAUUUGCUCCACGUCUCUCUUUCUUCUGGGGAAUCGGCAUGAAUUUCUACAUGGAGAUUGCAAAAUUAAGAGCGGCAAGAAAACUGUGGGCAAACCUUAUCAAGAAACACUUCGAUGCCAAGAAUCCUAAAUCUUAUUUGCUAAGAUGUCAUUGUCAAACAUCGGGAUGGUCUCUCACUGAACAAGUACGUAUACCGAAUUUGACCUGGGAUGGAUUUACUCGUGGGAUGGGAUGGAUUUACUUUGCAAUGGGCGUGCAAAUUCCUUUUUCAAAUCUACUUGUUUAUUUCCAAAGGCGAUUCCAACAACAAGAAUAAAAUAAAGGCUAAUACGAUAAAGUGAAAACGCGCAUGGAAAACACUAUUCUUAAGUGGUUCUUAUAUAAAACAGUAGAUACUUCGUCAGAAAUCAAGUUGUGUUGGUUCUUAACUGGUUCUUGAUUAUUUCUAGUUAUACCUGUUACGUUUUAGGAAGAGUAACUACUUUCAGACUUUUGUAAUUUUGUUUUUUUUAUUUUAAAAUCAACCCUCACCCUUAUUCUAUAACCCUAACCAUAAUCCUACCAUUUCCCUAAUACUAACCCUAAAAGUCUAAAAAUAGUAACCGUUCCUAAUUCGUGACUUAAAUGUUUCUAGUAAAAAACUAUUGUUCCUGCAUGGUUUGAUGUUUUUAAUUAUUUGCUUCCCUAAUUAUUGAGCUGUUUACAUUAUUACAGUAAUAAUAGCUUUUUAAAAGCCUUCGAGUUCGACGGUGGUUUGUAAUAUUUUCAAGCAAGACUGCAGACCAGUGCCUUGUUUCCGUAGCUCCCUCUGGCUAUAGUGUCCAAGCUUUUGAGCAAGUGUACUGUAUGUGUCAUUAAAGAACUUGGCAAACUUGAAGACGUCUUUAUCCGGCUUUAUGUUGUAAUCAUUCGGUCUUUUUGGUUGGGAAAUAUGAGAUAAUACUCCAUUUGGGUUCGUCUUGGUUCUCUUGUAGUUGUGCAUAGGGUAUAUAAUUAUCUCUGAUAUUUAAUUUUUGUAAUUUUGUACCAGGUUCCGUACAAUAACGUCGUCCGUACAACAGUGGAAGCGAUGGCAGCAGUCUUUGGUGGUACCCAAUCUCUUCAUACUAACUCGUUUGAUGAAGCACUAGCGCUACCCACACCAUUCAGUGCUGGGAUUGCACGAAACACACAACUGAUCCUACAGGAGGAAACUGGAAUCCCAAAUGUGAGUUACUCCGACGCGCGGUAUUCAUGUAUACUCUAAAUGUUCUCUAUGCUGUCUAGCACUUGAGUAAGAUGGAGCUUUUCACGUGAUCCCGGUUUUUCUGGAAUGGGUGGAAGGCAAAAUCAGUUUGAGUUAUUCAAAUAAAUCACUAGCUUUACACAAAAGUUCAAACGCCAGUUAGAAGAACUUAAUGGUGUUGAGAAGAUCUCGUGGUUCAAGAAAGUUAUCGUUGUUGCUCGAACAACGUUUCGUUUACAAUUGUACUAUAAUCUGUCACUAGAUAAAUAAUAUAGCUUUGCAGGAUCGUCAAUAUCAUCCCGCCUCAUAUCUCUUCCCGUGAAAGCGGGAUCAUUUAAACAACGCCUCGAUGUUACCUAGCCUGCGUGCUGCCUGCAAAACACAAACACCCAAAUUAAAGGCUUAUAAAAACUGUGUUGGGGAAAUGCGGCUCUUGUGCAUAUGUGAAUGAAGACCAAGAAAUGUAAUAAUGUACAGUGGUUUCAAAACAUUUCAUAGUAGACGUUGCGUUGGGAAGAGUAGGAGUUGCAACCGAAAGCCGAACUUCGCAACUUGGGGGACCGUGGAGCCAUUUUUGGAUUGGGGGGCUAUAGCAAACGCUGAAGGCGAGAGUUUGUUAGAGAGGUUAUGAGGCGUGCUGCCCCGGGAAAUUUUGAAAUCUGAGACCUCCCAGAGCCCCGGAAAUGCAACGAAAUUAACGACUUUCUUAAUAAACGACUUCGCUUAAUCUAAUAUUACCCGUCAUCUGUUUAAUCCAACCAGAAAUAGAUUGAAUACUUGGCAAAUAUAAGUUAUAAAUAUAUUGUUAACUGAUCUGCAUGAAAGAGUUCAGUAUUCUUAUUUUAUAAAAAUCAUAUAUGUGUGGAAAAUUAUUGGGGCUGAGGCCCCUGUUCCGCAUGCGGUUCCUGAUAUUACUUCCAGAAAAUUUUGAACUUCUAGACUUUAGAAGAUACAUUUUCCAGCAUUUGUUUUUGAGACACAAAAGAUCUUAUUUUAAAUGUCUAAAACACUGUUAAAUUUAUGUUCUUAUAAUUAAUGCCUAUGUCAACAAAGUCUAAUAACAAUAGCGAACACAUCUCCGCUGGCUUUCGUUGUCGUUUUUCCGCCAUUUUGUUUUUGUUCUUGGAGACGAAUGUGGCAUCUUACAUAAAGUAAAACCUGUUAGAAACCGCUACCAAGAAAACCUCUGAGCCUGUCCUCAACGCACAAGAGACGCGUACGUAUCAAAGCUUCUAAUCUAGUAAUAUGUGACUGUGGCUAUGUUUUGACGAAAUUCCAGGGGAAAUACACGCUUGUUUGCUCACAAAACAUUUUGUAAACGCUUAAUUAGAAUUUAUAGUUACUUACAAAAGAGAAAGUAGCCGUCGCAAAUGGAAGAGUACGGAGCUUUAGAUUUGACUACGAGUACGACUACGAGUACGAGAUUUGAUCGCGUGCUAGGAAAUUACCGUAGUCGUUUUCGUUUUCACUCAAAUGUUGUUUUUAUAGCAGUAAACCAACAACGAGAGAAAAAGUUUCAUAAACUAAAUCUCCUGCAGACUAAAAUCCCCUACAAAACGUGAAAAUAAGUCAUAACAUUAAAAACAGGCCAGAUAUUUAGUAUUAAUAUAUUAUUUGCGCCGGAUAAACGCUAUAUAAAUGCUAGAAAUUAUUUUUGGAAAACAAAAAAAAAGUCAACUUUCUUUGUUUUUUUGAAAAGUCGUCGUGAGGACUACGAGAUUUAUCCGCAAGUUCGUUCUCAGAUGGGCGACGGCUACGACUUUUUCGCGUCAGUACGGGAUGGCGUAAGCAUACAGCAUGCGUUUUCGCUUGACGAAUCUCGUACUCGUAGUCGUACUCGUAGUCAAAUCUAAAGCUCCCUAGUUGCAGUCGGAUGCGACGGGCGACGGCUUAUUUUGGAACCACUGAUGUAUACAUGGUUGGGCGUAUUGAACGGCUUUGGUCAGGAAAACAGGGUUUGUUUGGAGGCUCUCCUCAUUCCGCUUCAACGAGGGCCUUCCACGCAGGCCACGUUGUACUGCAUUGCCUCUUUUGGAGCUUAUUAUUUCCCGGUGGUUGUGGGCUGGGAGGUUAUUGGAAGAUGUUGCGAACUAGUGGCAGGAUGCUAAAUAAAUACUCACGUUCUUUGUAAUUUAUAGAAUCGCCCUCCAAUUUCAUACAAUUUUCUCCCAAAAAUUGUUAAGGCAAACUUUUCAGCUUGCCCGGUGUGAAUGCACGCUCAGAUUAACAUUACAACAUUACAAACAACAUUACAUGUAGUUGAAAUCAGAGCAUUUUUACUCUUAUAGUUGAUAUAAGUGCGUCUUAUCCGUUCAAGCACCUCGGCAAUUUCGACUAAAAACAGGAUUUGUUAAUUGUUGCAUUUAAAUUAUUGAUUGUUAAACCACAUGUUGCUAUAGUCUGCAAUAUAUUGAGAUUGGUAGUGAGUAGAGGGGUGGAUUUGAAGCAGAGGGUGAGAGUUUUAUUCUUUUCAGCGUUUCUGGAUUGGAGACUUGUUAGAGGUGUGUGGCGGGAAUACACGGCGUGGAGUACAGUUAUUUAAGCGAGAAAAAACAUACACGAUGUUUGUUUAUUUCUGUAAAGGUUAUUGAUCCCUGGGCUGGUUCGUAUCUCAUGGAAUGUUUGACUGACGAUUUGUACGAGGCCGCCGAGAAAAUUAUAGAGGAGGUAAUAUGGAAUGCUUAAAUAGAUUAUAAGAAAUUCUGUAAUUUGCUCAUUAAUUAAAUGUAUAUAAUAAUUCAUGUCAUAGCAAUGGGAGUGAAGCCAUUGUUGUUUGUAAAAUCAUAUGAUUGUCUUUCAAGGUUGAAGAACUUGGUGGAAUGGCCAAGGCUGUUGCAGAAGGAAUGCCCAAGCUAAAGAUAGAAGAAUGUGCAGCUAGGCGACAAGCUCGAAUUGACUCGGGAAGUGGUCAGUACAUGCACUGUUGUUGUUAUGGAUGCUAUUGUUAUUAUCGUUGAUAUUGUUACUGUAUAUUGAUAUUAUACUGUUUUCUUCUCUCUGUUAUUGUGUUUGUCGUUUCUUUUUGUUAUUGUUUUUUGUGGGUAUCGCCGUCAUGUCCGUCGUCAUAGUUUUACUCGUGGUGGUUCUUCUUCUUUUCUACGUAGAAUACAGCUACCCCGUGUCUAUAUAUUUGUAUAUACAGCAGGUAUACGUGUCAAGGUGAUUGUUUUAAAUUAAUUCAGUAUAUGUUACUGCCCUUUAGAAACGAUUGUUGGGGUAAAUAAAUACCAACCUGAGACAGAAGAAAAGGUCGACGUACUGGUUAUUGACAAUACAAAAGUUCGUGAAAGCCAGGUAAUGUUGACUAUAAUUUUGAGUAUAGUUUAUGACCUCGUCGAACUGUAUGACGGCCUAACGUUGGCAAUCGAUUGUUCGUUUUAAUAAGCGGAUGAUCGAAACCAGCCGUGCACAAAACGAUAUAUGAAUCAGUUUCCAUCCGGACUUAAAAUUAAGAUACGAGGAGAUGUCAUGUGUCUAUGUACUCAAAUGAAAGACGCGGACUGGUCGAUUACGAAAACGAACCGAUGGGAACAGUUCUACUGCAUGUACAGUACGUCCCACGCCACUCUUAUUGCUACUCACUACAGCUUGUUUAUGUACUAGUAGAUUGAUCGCGAAUGUCAUCUACUAGGAUAUUAGCAUUUCUAUUUCGUGCCCAAUACUGCAUGGUAUCUGGUUUACGAGAACUGCAUUCACACGUUACAGUAUUCGCACACCACGCAGUAUUUUAGGCAACAAAAUCACUUAGGCAGACAACCAGGCUUUUAGCCAGGAGGGCGUCCUGGGAAGCCCAUAGAACAAAAUAUAGACGCCUUUGGACGCCCAAAUUCUGGGAAAAAAGGGAAAUUAUUUUCAAUGAUAAUAUAUCUGAAACAAAAUGGCUUCAAUUCUCAUUAUUAUUAUACAUUAAUUUGACAUUUUGAUCAAUUUGAUGGUGUACAGUACCCGACUAAAUGACAAUGUGAUAGUUAAGUAAGGAAGCAUAGCGGCACAAACUCAGUACUCAGAAAGCCAAGUGUGUUUGAAAAAUUUCGAACGAGCUUGGAACAGAUACUGAUAUGAAGUAACGUAAACUUCAAAGGUUUUCCAGAGGAACGUUUUCUCGAACCCCCUUUACUGUAGAUGUAUCGUUGUACCAAAAUUGGACGCCCUCUUUUAGGAUCCUGACUAAAAGGCUACAGACAACAGUAUACAGAGUGAAUCUACAAUGUUUUAUAAGCUGUGCAGUGGUUGUCUUUUUCUAGAGACCGCCUAUAAAUUACCGUCCAUUUGGCACUUUGUGUCAAGACAUUCAACAAUUAAUUUCGCUCUGCUAUAUGAGCUAUAUGGCGAAUGAGUGCGUUUUGUGAUGCUUGAUCAUACUGUACAGUAGUGUAUUCCCUUUAUGGUAGUAAAACAAUUUGGUACAAUACAGUAUCUUGCACGUUUUUCAUACCUGAAUAGCUUGCAUGGAUAAUUAUAGUGAGCGAGGCAUCUUGCAUUUAUCUAUUUUAAUUUGAAUAAGACCGCUCACCAAUUUCCGUUGACUCCAUGUUCAAUACUUUUCCUGUCAAAACUAACUUCCGUAAUCAACGCUCCGUCUUCCGCAGAUUGCAAAGAUUUCAGAUAUCAAAGCAAGCCGGGAUGCGAAAGCAGUAAGUAAUAUAUCGUUUCUCUUUGAAUGGAUUUUAAGGGGAAAAAACUUAACAGGAAUGUUUCGAAUUUAAUACAUGUCAAGGACUGAUAAUUAACAAUUUUUGAAUGAGGUUGAGCACAAUAUGAAGAAUUAUCAAGCCCAAAGUUUGCCGUUAUCAACCGAAGCCGAAGGCUGAGGUUGAUAACGGCAAACUGAGGGCUUGGUAAUUCUUCAUAUUGUGCGAAAACCGAAUUCAAUAAUUGUUUUAUUAUUUAUUUAAAAAAUUCAAAACAAACGGUUAUCUAUUUGUUCGCCCACGUCACGUUAUAAAUCAGGAAAAGAAUUAGGAAACUGAGUGUUCUUACCUAUUCUAGAAGCUUUUGUUCAUCUUUUUGCAUUUAACGAAUCUUUAUCUUCCAGUAAUUUUUGAAUUUCGGCUUCGCCAAGGUUUGCAAACCUUUCAGUGGAAGAAGCCAUUUGUAUUUUAUUUGUAUUAAGACUGAAAAAACAAUUCCUUAGUCCUUCGGUAGCCGUUGUCGUCAUAGCAAUGGCGUCAGCGAGUCAAUAUGAUUCUCGUUGUCAUAGUAAUAUGGCGCAAACGCGUCCAAAUUUUUUUCAUAUUGACUCUUUGACGUCAUUUUGCUAUUAUGAAUGUGAAAAAUCCGUAUUUGGUUAGCCAUUGAGUUGAUAUGACAAUUUCACAGUUCGCUGUAAGCCAAUCAGAAACCAGGAAUUUUUUAAAUAAAUAAUAUUGUUUAGAAUACGUUCACACAACAGCGGAGCGAAAUAAUGGCCGCAUAAUUUAAGAUUUAAGAAUUAAUCAUUUUUUCCAAAAUAGCGGUAACAACUGAAUUGGUUUGGAAUUCCAUAGUAUGACAAUAGAAUAUUAGGUGUAUGCUAUAUUAACAAUUAAAAAUAUUACGCGUAAUUAGAUAAAAAGUACUACGGUAUAUAAUUCACAUGUGUUCACAAUACUCCGUUACAGUUUGUUUACACAAAAUUAAUUAAAUUAACACUCAUGUAAACCCAGAAUAUUUCGAAUAGAGCAAAGAAAUUUAAUAAACAAAAAGCAUCCAAUUUUACUGUUUUGAGACCUCAAAUGCUUUGUUUCAAAGCGGUACCAAAGCGGUACCAAAAUUGACGUUUUCAAACUAUUAUGCUCCGUCGAAGUCCACGCCGUUUCAAACCGCUCCAGCGUAUAGCGUCAACGUGGUCUUAUAGUGACACUGUGAAUCCUACCAAGCUUAGUCCGGAUGGAAAGAACAAUGUUUCUCUCCAGAGCAAUGUUCGAUUACCUGUUCAUUAUUGUUGGAAAAUUUGCACGGCGAAAUAUGUUUAUGGACUUCGUAAGAAAAUAAGUUAGUUGAAGCGUAUCCAUUUAAUGACGUUUGUGGAACCGAACGACCCUAGGCAGACAGAUGAAUUAUCUCAUGUAAACACGAAGUGAGAACCAGCCUUACGGGGCCGAGUAGUAUGCGUACAAUUAAAUAUAAGUUCUAUAUGUCGCUGUCGUUUCUUAGGCAGAAGAGGCAAUGUUGGCCAUCACCAAGUGUUGUGAAACUGGAGAAGGAAAUCUACUGGAUCUAGCUGUGAAGGUUAUUCAGAUUUGUAAUGUUUAAUUCGGACGAUUAUCAGAAUCGAACCUUGCCGGCAUUGCUAUUGUUUUGUUUUCAACAUCAGGAAUCCCAGUGGUAGUUGCUCUCUGUAAUUGUAUAUAAGAAUGAAGUUAAUGAACAGUAUUUAAAAAACUGCAACUAAGAUUCAAACCUCUCAAAUGAUUUUGGCAAAUACGCCGUUUAACCUGAGCAUGCACUGUCGGCAAUGGUUUUCUCGAGUUUUCGUUCUAGUUAAAAAUCCCUCUAGUUUAUUUUUCCUCUAUAUAUGUCACACAGUCCGUUCACGAUGUUUUGAGUCCGGGUGGGUAUCGCUAUAUUGCCGAAUUUAGGGAUCUCGGCAAGAAGCAUUGGACUUCUCGCAAUGGCUGUACUUCAACACAUGACUCGCGGGUUUCUCUCGAAAAUACAUGAUGAAAGAUGUAUAUGUACUAUGUCUCAUUAUUUAUGUGAUACGAUUAUACUGUUAUAGGCUGCAAGGGUCAGGUGCACUGUUGGGGAAAUAACGUUUGCGAUGGAAAAGGUAUUGAUUUGUAGAAUUUGUCAACUCGAGACGGUCGUUGUACGGAGUAAAUGAGGUGCUUUUUCUUUAAUUCGCCAGGUCUUUGGAAGACAUGUAGCCAGUGAUCGUAUGGUCAGCGGUGCUUACAAAUCUGAGUAUGGAGAUUCAGAUGAAAUCACGCAAUGUCUGAAUGAGGUUGCGGUGAGUUGCACUUAUAUGUAUAUAAUAGACGUGAACAAGAAUAGUACACAGAUUUCGUAUGCUGUCAAAGAAAAGUUUAGGAGGCAUUUUUUGCUAUGUUGCGUAUUUGCAACGAAAAUCUAAAAUCAUUUUGACGUACCAUUCAAAAUGACUUUGUUUUAUCGGGGUUUUUCUAGUUUAUAGUGUUAGCUAACUUUGUCAAUGCAUCUGACGGUUCGAAAACAUAAAAUAACAUUGCAAAAAAUUGUCAAUUUCAAUACGACAAUUAUCAAUGAUUCUUCAAAAUACACUCCGAAAUUUUCUCUGGCGUGCAAUUUUAAAUAUGAAUCUUCGUUUUAGCAUUUUUAUUGCAUUUUUUAUAUGAUUUGUUUGACGACUGAGAAAUGUAUAUAAGAAAUGUGUAUAAAAAAUGGGGACGAAGUGCCAUGAUACUAUAUAUUCGCUAGUUUAGAGCGUGAGUAGCGUAACAUACAAAGAACACUUUUCAAUUUCGUUUUUUCAUAAUUUUGAGAAGGGUAUGUGUGUAUAGUCUUAAAAAAUCAAAUCAAAACAUACAAUCUUAAAACAAAAAAAUCGUAAUGUACUACAUGUAUGCCCCUUCUGUCCCAAUAUCGCCCCUUUCCUACCGUAUGUAAGCCUGUGAAAAGGUACUCAUCAACGAACAAUGCCAAGCACUUAUAUUCGUAGAAAUUUCUCCUCCUAUAUAGAAAUUUGUAGAGGCUGAAGGACGUCGACCUCGUAUUCUUGUUGCCAAGAUGGGUCAAGAUGGCCAUGAUAGGGGAGCUAAAGUGAUUGCAACUGGUUUUGCCGACUUAGGAUUUGAUGUUGACAUCGGGCCACUAUUUCAGGUUUGUUGCGCUAUACUUUAUCGGGUGAUAUCGAUUAAGUGACUGAGACGAUAAAUUUUUAGAAAAUAUCGAUUUAUUCCAUGUUCGCCUUCUGGUGACUGACUCCCCAAGCCCAUUUUUGAGUGAAAUUAUCAUACAGUCCUCGAAAUUCUCCACAGUGUUUCAAGGAAACAUUUCAGCUUGCCCUCGCUCGACACACUCAGAGUACUGUAACAUCAUCUGAUUUACGCAUGCUCAACUCUUCAGCAUCACGGUUAUCCUACCAUGGAAGAGAAAGUAGAACGCUGUACAUGAAGUUAACUAUGAAUUUUUUCUGUGUUGGUGUAGUGUACUCAGGUGAAUAUGAUAUUUGUGGUGUUACUCUGAGUGUAUAUCCACACCGGGCGAGCUUGAAAAAUAUGCCUGGCCACGGUGGGAUUCGAACCUACGACCUUUGGAAUACUAGCCCAAUAUCCAACAGGAUGCUUGAUAGGUCUGACCGUGCAUGUUUUCCGUUGUUGACGUUAUACAUUUCUCAAAUUCAUUAAUAAUUCAUGAGCAAUUCAGCCAAUGAUAAUCACCUAUUUGAUCACAAGAUGCCAUUUGGAUAACCCGGUGAAACUUGAUGAAAGUCACUAGUGUUUUCAUCAAAUAUCUUAAUUACGCAUGCAAAAUUACUUGAGUAGAAUUCCUAAUUACGUUAUGCUUGGUUAAGAAUUCUAUUCAAAUCAGCAAACGGAAACAUUCUGUCUCGAUUCAUUUGAGAAGCCAUAUAAACAACUCGAGCUCGUGUCUCACCGGUAAAACACUCGCUCUCGUUGUUCAUAUAUUACAUACAAUAUGGUAUUUAUUUUGUACAGACUCCUGAAGAAGUUGCUCAACAAGCUUGUGAUGCUGAUGUUCAUGUGGUUGGAAUUAGUACCCAGGCCGCUGGACAUAGAACUCUUGUCCCUCAACUGGUAGAAGCCUUGAAGGCAAAGGACAAAAGGUGUGUCUAACGUUCUCAUUGUGAAAUACACAUUGCCAAAAACAAUAAAAUACUAUCCAACAUUCAAUUUAUCUUGAGGUUCACUAACGAAUAUAUCCGAACGUUUUCCUAGAGAUAUUUAACUUUUUAAAACAUGUACAUGUAGGCCUAAAUAAGCUUAGGACGUGACUGAAGUUGCAUGCCAACUAUUCGAAGAAGCGCCAGAAAGCAAUAUUAAAUGUUCAAGCUAUGUCGGAGAUUAUGACAGUACCACACUUUCAGAACUUGUGAAGCAAACCCCCUAAAAGUGCAAAAAUAUUCUGACAUCAUCCACCUAAAAAUAUCUCUAUCUACACGUCCAUACAAUUUGAGCCGACGAAAUAAAUCCUCUAACUGUUCUUUCACAGAAAGUAAUCAACUAUCUUGUUAAAUGUUUUCAUACUGUGUUCAUCAGAACAAAGAUACUCAGCUAGAUUAAUGCAUGGCUCCGUUCACGUAUUGACCUUUAUGCACCAUGCGGGAGACGCGCGUGUUUUGACACCUUAAUUUCGUCAUUUCGUGGGCGCAAUAAGGUUUCAAAAUGUCUUCCUGAAAGAACAUCACCGACGAAAACGAUUACCUCCAUUAGUCGCUAUUUACUGCCAAAAUAUUUGACGUCAUAUAUUUAUUUCCUCAAACAUAUGCAGGAUGUAUUUAACAUCAUACAAGACAGAAUAAAAGUUAAUCAGCAUUCAUGUUAACCUGUCUAACUGUCAAUUAAGCAAGGUGCUUAAUUUAAUGUAUAUCGAGAAAUUAGGGCACCACUUAUUUCUUUUAAAACCUGACAUUAAUUAUUUACAGGAACAUACUCGUGGUUUGUGGUGGAGUAAUUCCGCCGCAAGAUUAUGAUUUUCUCUUUGAGAAAGGCGUUGCUGCUGUUUUCGGUCCAGGUAUGUUUUCACGUUAAUUUGAUCCUUUAAAUUAUAUGUUCAAAAGCUGUGUAAAUCGAACAGUGGUUUGAUUGACACCUUUCGCCUCCAACACAGUCAACACUGCAAAUUGCAAUCACAAACAUUGACAUCACAGACCUAAUUCAGACUCCAACUCUCGCAAAAUAUCUCAAGAAACGGUUUUUGGAUUGAGGGUGUAACAGACACUACCGCUACCGUUACCGUUACCAUUAACUAAUCAGAUGCAUAUAUUAUUCUACCCAGUUAAACAAUUAAAUGUGUUGGGAGGUGAUGUUCGUUCAUUUGCACUUCAAAUCUCCAGAGUUGUUUCUACAAUUAUAUAUACAGUACUCUCCCAAACACCACAAACUUUCUUCCGUGUACUCCAAUGUCCCAGUAGUAGUUAUACAUUGAACCAAUUACUGUUAGAAUGUCCUGUUGGUUUAUCUAUGUGUUUUUUAAUGGCUGCCGAGUUUAUUAAUAAUUUAUUUUAAUUAUGCUUUAAGGUACAAGAAUCCCACAAGCAGCAAUGGAAGUAUUAAGGGCGAUCUCCCCUGAUGAGCAAGGUAGACAAACAAUGGCAUAAUUAAGACGUUGCGUUAAGAAUUCUACAAAUAGUUGCCGUGCAGUAGAUUGUCCAAGUGAGGUGAAGAACUCUGAAAAUACCUGUUGGUUGAAAUUACAUAAUCUAGGAACACUAACUAUAGAUGUAGACUACUGUAUGGCACGUUUCCUGCGAGGUUUAAGGAGGUUCCCUACAGUUUCCAAUAUAUGUCAGUGUUUUAAUUAAACUAAAAGCUAUUUGAAUCUAAAGCACAAGCCGUUGUUUCCUCUCAUAUAAAAGAGUAAUUUUAAACCACAGUUGCUAUUCUUUACGUUACCAUGACAACAUGACGUCACCAUCUAUAAGGCCUACAUCAACCAAACUUCUUAGCGGACAAAUAACCUCGGUGACCAACCUUUUAUUGCAGAAAAUGCAUUGUUUUAAAUUUUUUUACAGUUAUUUGAAAAUCGUCAGUGUAGUUUUCGAAAAACUGAAUUUCAGUCUUUAAGAUUGCAUUUUAGCCAUUGGAAAGGCUGAAAUUCAGUUUCUCGAAAACUACAUAGGCAAUUUUCAAAUAACUUUCAAAAAAGAUUCAAAACUUCAUAACAAUGUACUUUCUGUAUAUAUAUAUAUAUAUAUAUAUAUAUAUAUAUAUAUAUAUAUAUAUAUAUAUAUAUAUAUAUAUAU